AGAGUAUGCAAAUUUUCCCUGUGAUUUCACUGGAUGUUUCACUUGCUGAUUGUCUAUAAAACUGUUGUUGUGAGGGGGGACAUAUAUAUUGGUGAGUAACAGAUAUCAUCAGCUGUUCCAGUUUCCAUCAGUGUGCCAAUUCAUCAAGAAAGAAAGAAAGAAAGAAAGAAAGAAAGAAAAAAAGAAAGAAAUAAAGAAAGAAAUGCCAAGAUCCUUCCUUGUGAAGAAAAAACGCAGUACAUGCGGUGCAUGGCAAUGGAAAGAACUGGAAGAACAUCAUUGGAAAGAGGACAACACUGUAGUGAGAGAAAAUGCUAUGGAAAAGAUGAUAUUCAGUCAUGACAUCCAACAGCCUCACACCGCAAAUCGGCUAGAACAGAUUGCAGGAGGUGGAACAACAGUGGGAGUUAUUCUCCCAGUAUCUUCGACAGGAUCAGGGGAACAAAGGUCAAAAUCCAGAAGCUGGUCAAAAACGGGCCCCUUCUGUUUUCCAGCUGCAUUGGCUUCCAUCAGCAGAGCAAAGGCUCGUCCUCGCAGUACACCUGUUUCUGGGGAUUUUGGGUGCUCAUUAUGCCACAAAAUCUUCCCCCUGCAGCGCAUGUUGACACGCCACCUCAAGUGCCACAGUGUUGUAAAGAGACACCCCUGUCGAUUCUGUGGCAAAGGAUUCAAUGACACUUUUGACCUCAAGAGGCACAUGCGAACACACACAGGUAUACGCCCCUACAAAUGUGAGCUGUGUGAGAAAGCUUUUACACAACGCUGCUCUCUGGAGUCCCAUAUGAGAAAGAUUCAUGGUGUUCACCAGCACUAUGCCUACCGGCAGAGACGUUCUAAGAUCUUUGUGUGUGAGGACUGUGGUUAUACCUCAAGUCGACCUGAUGACUACUUCCUUCAUGUGAGGCAACAUCAUCCAACCAGUCCUGCACUUCGCCGGUAUUAUCGCCGACAUGCCCAUGAGAACAGCACACUUCCAUCAGCAAAUUCUAAACUCAACCCCUAUCUUUUGUACUCAGCCCCAACGUACUAUAUGUAGAGCUCAUUCUACAUCUUAAGUCAAGUGAAAUCUGAUAUCUGACCUGCAUUUAUUAGAGGGUUAUUCACAGCCCAUUGAGAAAUGCUUUUUUUAAUUAAAUAUUUUUUGUGCAACAUUUAGAUAAUUUAUUUCCUAGUAAAAUAUAUUCUAUGUCAACAAUCAUGUUAUACUUUGGGUGAAUAUUUGCAGUCAAGAAAUUAAAAAAAAGAUGCUGGAGAGUAA